GUGUCGGACUCCUGCACCCUUUUCAUCUGCGUAUGAAUGCAUGUACAUAAUGUGCAUAACUUUAUCAAGCUAACACUUUAUUAAGUUGAAACUGCAUACUCUUUUUUAAAAAUGAAAAUUAAAAAAAAAAAACAACCAAUAAUUUCUUAUAUCUUCUACUUAUAAACAAGUAUUUUCAAUAUAAGUUACAAUUUAAAACGCAUUCUAAGAACAAAUUGCUUCAGAGUCUGGGAAGAACUCUUUCGUGUUGGAGGGAUAAAAUGUAGUAACAUGUGCGCGGGAAAGAGAUGGUGCCUGAGUCAACAUGCCUGUGGAGAGAAAAAAGAGACAGGAUGGUGGACUGAGGAGAAUAUUCGAGCGGUCUUUGCAGGACCUAAAAACAGAUGUACACAAUGAGGUAGAUUCAUCAGCAAACUUGGACAGCAGUCCUCCAAAGAAUCAUUCAUCACCUAAACAGUCGAACAGCACAAACCAAGCAGCCGACAUGAGUUCUGGUCCCUCACAAGAGAAGUGCACUACACCAGAUAAAGACAAACUUAUUCAGACCAGCUUGGAUGAUCUUAAUCCUUCUCCUCAGACAGUGAAGGACAAGGGAGCUUGUGUUGAUUUGGGAGAGGAUCUGAAGGUGGUGGAUGGUUUACAGGAAUCUAUUGUAGACCCUAAAAAAUUUGUAGAUUGUAAAAAUAAAAUAGAAAUUAAAAAUGAUUUAACAAAAAGAACUGAGAAAGAAAAUGUAAACAUAAAAGCUAGAAGUGACAAACCUUUGGGUAAAACUGUACAACAGAAAUGUGAAAAAAAGGAAAAUGAUAAGAACGAAGAUAGGGAAAGAAGAUCAAGUCCAAAGAGUAAUCAGCAAGAGUUAAAAAGCAGACUAUCUCAGGAGACGUCUGGUAGAGAGGCUGUAAAUAGCAGAAGACAUUUGUCAUCAAAAGAAACAGGUUCUAAAAGCAAAAGAAAAGAAAGUGAAAGAAGAUCAGCAAGCAAUCAUGAUAAAGACAGAAGAAAGGAAAGGAGAAGAUCCAGGGAUAACAAGAAGAGGUUGGAAAGGUUCUCUGAAGAAAAGGAAGACCUCAAAUUAACUAAAGGAGUUGAAGUUCCUGGCUUGUCAGAUCCAAAAUGUGGUAAUUUUAAGGGUAGAAAUGAAAGGAAAGGAUUUGGGACGCCUGCUAGCAUAGGAGAAGACUGGAUGCCAGAGCUUUUGAACAUUCCACUUUUGGAUUCUACAAAAAUCAUCCUAGAGCAAGAAACACUGCCAGGAGUGCAUCAAAAUAAUGAACUAAGCAAAGGGGACCAAACACAGAUUGGUAAAACUGAAAGUAAUGAGGAUCUUCAUAAAACAGUGUCAAUAUCUGUGAAAACCAAUGACCGAAAACUUGAGGAAAAUGAAGUAUCAAAUGAUUUGACUGGCACAUACAGAAAUGAUUCAGAUUCAGCUAAUCAUGUUGAGGAACUUUGGGAAUGUCAAGAUAUAGCAGUACAUUUUAGGGAGAUUUAUCCUGAUAAAAUAAAAAAGAUUGAUGUGAAAAUUUCGGAUAUUUCUUUAGCCACUAUUGAUGAGGAGAGCCAGUCUUCUUUGAAGGAAUUGUUUGAAGACAAAAACAGCCAAGUAUCUCAUAUUUAUGAGAUGAAGACAUCUUUAUGUGAUGAUGAUGGAAUGGAGAAAGUAGAAAAUGAACUUAUGAACGAUCAAAAUGAUGAUUUUGCCAUAAAUCGUGGAGAGUUAUCUGGUACACAAAGUGAAGAGAGGGUACCACCUAACCACUGCAGUGAAAACAAAAACGAAAUUGAUAGUGCAUCUGUGGAUGAAUGUGUUGUGAACCAUGGUGCCAGGAAUACCUCAUAUCCUGACUGUAGUAAAGAGAAAGAUCAAGAUAAAUGUGAUGAAAAAUUGAUAGAAGACAAUUUCGUUGAAGAAAGUAUCUUAGCAGCUGGGGACUGUGUGUCCGUAAGGGCAAAACCAAACAGUUCAGACUUGUCAGAGGACUGGGGGAGUGACGACACAAUGACACAAUCUGACGCUUAUCACUUACUGCUGAAGGACAAAAUAGUGGCUUUGGAAAGCAGGAUGUCAACUAUUCAAAGUUUUGGUCCUAGAGGACAAAUGAGAGGGAGCAGGUCAAGGGGUAAACACAGGCGAAGCAAUAGUCCCUUCCAGUCCUAUCUAAAAACCAUUCACUUUGGAGAUGGAACUAAAGUUGAACAAAGUGAUAGCCCUGAGAAGAGGGAUGUAAUUAGUGCUGAUUUCACUGAGAAUGAUUUAAAUGAAAACUGUAUAAUAUCUUUGAGGGGCGAAGAGCAAGAGGAAACAUUCUGCAUGGAUAGCAGUGUGCCUAAAAAUGAGGAACAUCCACCUCAGCAAGAAAGCCAGAUCAGUCUGAAUACCUUUAGUACUGGUAACUGGCCUCGUCAUCCUCCAGGAUUCUUCACCAAUCCUCCCUCUUGUUCCAUAGUGAGUUCUUUGAUGUCAUCAUCACAACCAUGGUUUGGAGAAAGAGUACCCAAUGAUAGUAAAGUGAAAUCUUCUAGUGAAAAGGUCAACGAGAAGAAUGCAGACUACAGUCUAGAGAAGUACCAGUAUAGUUUAUGUGAUGAUAACGGUAAGGGUUCAUUGACAAAUCAGACAAAAUUAGCUUUGGAUGAAGACAAAGCAGGUGAAGAAAUCACUGGAGAGGAAAAUUGGGAAGACAGUUUGUAUGAUGAAAAGGAGCUGGAACUGCUUAUGGCCAAGUCUAAAAUCAUGGAUUCUUCAGCUGUGGUUCCAAGUAACUGGGUUAGUGAUGCUUGUGACGGGGUUCAUGAUGAUUCAGGUUUGGAGCAGUGUGUUCCUGAAGAUAAAGAGGCCCCAACUUCCAGUAUGGAGAGUCUGAGUAUUCAACUUCCCUCCAGCAGCUGGUGUAACUCCCAAAACACACUUAGUGAAAUACCCACCAUAUCGGAGUAUGAAAACAGUGUGAAAGGUGAGGAAUCGGACUUGCAGUGUGAAGAUUCCUUGGAAGAUGGAAUCCAGAAGGACAACUACCAUGUACCUGCAGUUCUUGAUGAAAAUGAUGAGAAAUCCAUUAGAAGAGACCAAAGUAAAAGGCAAAAGUUAGAUGAUGCUUUGGAAGAAAUGGAUAAGAGGAAUGUAGUUUCUGCAAGUAGAGGGAGCAGUAGGAAUGGAUUAAGGUGUCAGUGCCCUUCUGAAUGUGUUCAGUUUUGGAUGUGGAGAAGCUGUUUGUGUCAAAUGCCAUACUUGUACAAGAUACAGAGUGAAGCAGACGGCAGUCCUACCAGAGACUUGAUCUCAAACCAACAAUAUGUAUAUCCUGCUGACCAGAAUAAUAAUGCACCAUCAGAUGACAACUUAAAAGGUGACAUUAGUGACGAUGUUCUCAAGAAGUGGAAGUUGACUGGCUUCUUGAAAAAAUCUCCUGCUCGAAAGUCUCAAAAGAAGGAUGAAAUUAAGUCACCUGAUUUUUCAGAGAUGGUUUUCAAAGAAAACUGUAGUGGAAUAAAGGAUUUUGCAAAGGAAUCUCCUGAUAUUGGAAGCACUGACCAUGAAAAGGACAUCAAAGCCUCCCAAUACAGAGUUUGUGGACCUCCUGGAGAUUCUAGGUGGGACUUGGACAGAAAACAGGAUAUUUCCAUUGAUAAUGAACAGCAAGAAAGUAGCUAUGAUAUUGAUGAUUCUGAGGCUUUGGAACUAGCUGAUGGGGACUCUGGAGAUGAAUUUUUGAUAGAGGCAGUGAACAGUCAAACCAGUGAGGAAGCGGAUAACAUUCUGGACCCAAAUAUGAGACAAGGAGCAAACAGAAAUCUGCACAAUCAGCAGCAGCAUCCAGAUAUGUACCCAACUGCACAGUCAAUGGAUUGCCUGAAUUACCCUCCAAACUAUGUUCCCUAUUCUCCGCACCAAACAGCAGGCUACCCAGGGGCUGCAGUGAGCCUGGGGCGGGGCUACCCUGGCCUCUAUCCAGACCCUUAUUACCCCUACCCACCUCUGUACAUGAAUGGUGGAUACAGCAGACAGCCUUUUGUUGACGGACAGAUGUAUCCUGAACACCUAGGGUAUUAUUCACCGAUGUAUUACCCUUACUACAUGAUGGUUAGCGGAUGGCGGGAAAUGACCAUGCAGUACAGAGAAUCUCAGUCUGGAUCGUUUCCCAGAUUCCAACAUCCCUCUACUCGAUGUGUGUAUGAGAGUCAAGACCAUCCAGCAGGAAGAUCUCGGAAAGAAUCAGAAAAAAGCAACAGAGAUGCAGUGCAUGGAGACAUGGAAGAUCAAGAUUGGCAUCGUCAAAACACUCAUGACAGGCAUCCUUGUUCUACGAAAACAAUGGAAGACACAAAUGAUAGCACCACUGCAGUUUUUGCUGAAGAAUCAGCAAAGAAAAAUAAUGGCAAAUACCUUCCACCACACAAGCGAAUUCAAUGUGCUUAUGAUAACUCUGUUGAGGGAGAAAGCAGGACAGGCAGUCGAUUCAACAAUCUCCAUUCUCAAGUGUAUAGAAAAUCUCAUUCACACCUGCACCACUACGCAGUAGAAAAUCAGGGAAGUGGUAAUGUAGACAAGUGCGGACCAAUGGACAACCUGAAGUCUGCAUCUUCUGAACAAUGGCAGCAUCAUUCCAGUUCACAGAACCCAAGUGGAGACCAAAGCUCUGUGUUACAGGGACUGCAUCCAUUCAGGGAGACAGUGCCGAGAUCCCCCCAAAAGACAGCUCAAGCCACAAGAGUUCUAGAAAGAGAGCCGUCAGGCUGUAAUUUACUGAUAGCUCCUAGCUCCACGGAAUCCACUCCCACCUCCAGCCUUCCACGGUGUGGAAGAUUCUACCAGCAACAGGACAGGGAGUUUGAUCCGGUCCCAGUGGACUGGAAGACUGCUUUCCAGGAAAGAUGCAGAGACUAUGGUGUGGACUACAUAGACUCUCACUGCCACAUUGAUUUCCUUUUUAACCGCAUUGAUUUUAGGGGCAAAUGGUCAGAUUUUCAAGCUCAGAAUGCAGAAACUUUUCCUCCUAGUUACCAUGGAUGUGUAGCAGUUUUCUGUAAUCCAAACAGUUUUAAAUCAGAAGGUCUUUGGAAGAGUUUAAGCAAGGAGAACAAUGUCUGGUUGGCAUUUGGAUGUCAUCCCAAAAAUGCCCGAGACUUCGGCAGGUGGUGUGAAGAAGGCCUGAGGAGGUGCCUCAGAAACGAGCGAGUGGUGGCCCUGGGAGAGAUAGGCCUGGAUUACUCGGGCAUGUUUAUUGAGACCAAAGAACUGCAGAAAACUGUGUUCAAGAAGCAGAUAGGUAUGGCACUGGACAUGAAGAAGCCCCUGGUGAUCCACUGCAGGGACGCCGAGCAGGACUGUCUGGACAUCCUGAAGCAGAUGGUGCCCCGGGACUACAAAAUUCAUUGUCAUUGUUUUACUGGAGAUUUUAAAUCAGCCAAGUUAUGGCUGGACCACUUCCCCAAUCUGUACAUUGGACUGACCCCCCUCGUGACCUAUAGGACGGCCACAGGGGCCAGGGACGUGGCCAAGUUCAUUUCACUGAGGAGACUGCUGCUGGAGAGUGAUGCUCCUUACUUUGUCCCUAAAACUAUUCCCAAAGAAGCAAUGAAUUUCUCCCACCCUGGUCUGUGUGUUACGGUGGCAGAGGAAGUGGCCAGGCUAAAGAAUAUCCCUGUCCGGACGGUCCUGGAGGCGUGCAUAGAAAACACGAAGGACAUGUAUGGCAUCUGAGUACAGACACCCAGGAAACCCAGCAGUGUGGGCCUUGUCAUUAUUGACAUGAAGCGGCCAUAUUUCUUUUGUUGAUUCUAGUCAGUGACUUCAAAUUAGUUCAGUCUUCUUAUAAGAUUGUUAAUAAAGACCUUGAUAGAUUG